AUGUCAGGAUGAAGGGCAGUAUUUGCUGAGGUCAAACAACGAAGGUAAGUUGUGUUCACAAAUGGUUAAUCGUGACUUAAAAAUACCCGAAUUGACAGGAACUGCAGGAUAAAUGUCAUUGGAACUUCUUGUUUUUUUAAUACACCUUAAGAAAUUAAACAAAGCAAAUGCAUUUGGUGGCGCCCUCAGGAAAAGUCCAGUCACUUCCUGAACAGUAAUCUGCCUGCGAGCAGCAGAUAGAUUCUCAUUGUUUGCCAUUUCCAGUUUCCAGUAAUGGGAACGAUUACUUGAUCCAGCCAGUUGCUGUUGAAGAUCUGGGAAAGCUUUACAGAAUUUAAUGGCAAAAUUGUGUCUGCUUCCAUAAAACAGCAGGAAAAGCCAUACCCUGUUGUUGGUACCUGGAGGCAUCACCUCUUGAUGAUGAAUAUUGUUUUCUUUUGGAAUUAAGUGUCUGUUCUUUGGGAACGAGAUGUAUCUUGCUCUUCUGGUGAUUUUCUUGCAGUGUUCAGAACUUUCUGCCCAGGAGAGAGUUUUUACUUACAAUAGAGUUGAAAUCCAGGUUAAGCCCUCUGCCAAAGUGAAAAAUGGAGCUCCUAUGUCAAUUGUCUGCCAUGCUGAUGUUAGCAAAGCUACUGAUUUCCAGCUGAACCAUAACUUUACAAUAUUUAAGAAUGGCAAGCUGGUGUUCAUGACUGUAACUGACAGAGAAGAUGCACGCUAUGAUAUACCUGCAGCCAGAUCCUCCCAUACUGGAGACUACAAAUGUGCUGUGAAAGCAGGCUCAAAGGCAGAAGACAGUAAGUCCUUGCACGUUCAGGUGACAGGGAUGACCAAGCCAAUCCUGACUGCUGAGAAAGUAGAAGUUUUAGAGGGUGAAGUUGUGAAGUUACAUUGUGAGCUGCCAGAAGAAGAACCUCCUUUAUAUUUCUUUUUCCAGAAGAUAAAGAUUAACUCAGAGCCUGAGGAAAAGACCAUAUUUGAAGCAUACAGAAAUUUUUCUGUGAUGGAUUUUUUUGUUGAAGAGGGAGAUAAUGUUUUACAGUUUUAUUGCUCUUGUGGGAGAUUUGUAUCCGACGCGUUGGAAAGAUCACAGCAGAGCAACAAAAUAGUUGUUACAGUCAGGGAACCAUUCAUAAAGCCUACUCUGAGUGUCAGACCCUCAAGUAAUAUUACAGAAGGAGACAGAGUACAGUUUGAAUGCUCAACAGUGGUAGCCCGGAUGCGGGACAUUGAAAUCAUCCUCCAGAAAAACAGAACAAUACUGAAGGGGGUACGAGAUGAGAAAGUGCUGAAAUACUCUACAGUAGCUACUCUAGAGGACAGUGGUGAAUACCUGUGUAAGGUGGAGCAAGAGAGAGCAUCUAAAACCACCAAACUGAAUGUUGUUGUGUCAGAGUUGUUCCCCAAGCCAGUAUUAGCUGCUUCUAUGAAGAACCUAGAUGAAAACAGAGAACUGACCCUCAGCUGCAGCAUUAAUAGCUUUCACAGAGCUAACUUCUCGGUGUUCCGGAAAGAUUCCAGUGGAGACAUCUGGCUGAAAAAUUCUAGAAACUUAACAAUGAGAGUUAGUGUGAAUGAUACUGGAUUCUAUUUCUGUAAGGCUGAAGUAAAAGGAAUAGUCAAGCAGAGCAAACCUGUAGGGAUAAAUGUUUUUGCUCCAGUCUCCAAGCCAACUCUUUCUGUUGUCACUGGUUUACCCGAGGUGGUGCUGGGGAAGACUCUGCAGUUGAUCUGUCGCUCAGCCAUGGGAACACCACCAAUAACAUUCACAUUCUACAAAGGAAACAAAGUCAAGGAAAUAGUAGUUAAUGACACAUAUGCUACUUUCUGGGAUGAAAACGUUAGGCAAGAUGACAAAAGAGGGUACAAAUGUGAAGCUAAAAACAAUCACAGCAGCGGCACGAAAACCAGCAAUAUUCUGAAUGUCACAGUAAUAGUACCAAUCAGAAAUGCCAGCCUGGGCAGUAUUCCGUAUGGAGAAGUGGAAGAUGGCAGCGAGACUGCUUUUCUCUGCUCUGUGAAAGAAGGCUCUUGGCCAAUCCACUUCAGGAUUUAUAGAAAAACUGAUCGUGAAGUUCUUCUGUUUGAGAAGAGUGAGAAUGCAGACAGGGUCAUGUGGCGCAAGGAGGCGAUGAGCAGGCAGGACACGGGCAUGUAUUACUGCAUGGCUUCCAAUCGAGCCAACGUGGAUGUGAGGAGCCAGCCCAUAACCAUCAGUGUCAUCUUAGCAUCGUGGCAGAAAGGCAUCAUCGCCGCCUUUGUCCUCCUCCCCCUGGCUGGAGCAGCAGCACUCGCUCUCUGGUGGUUCUUGUGCAAGAAGAAAAAGGCUAAAGGACCAUCUCUGGAGAUGUCUGGCUCUGCCUUGGGUACCAACUUGGCAAGUGAAAAACUGACAAGACAGCACAAUGAUGGAGACUACUAUUCAGGAUCAGGUUACAUUGAAGAUAAUGAAAAUCACAUGAAAUCAACAGAUGAGAGUAAAGGACCUGACCUUGAGAGCGCUGAAGUGGAGUACACUGAAGUCGAAGUAUCAACACUUGACCCUCACAGAGCUAAAAUACAGGACUCUGCAUCCAGAAAUGUGAAUUUUCUUUCCAGUUUCUUGCAGAGAGCUCCUGUACAGAAGGGGACUGAAACAGUUUAUAGUGAAAUCAGGAAAGCUAAUAAUGGUAACUGCUGUGGUUUGGGUUUAUUUACCUAGAACUGAGUCCUUCAUGAGCAGUUUUGCCUUUUCAAGGAGUUGUCUGUGCACUCCAGAUAUUCCAUCCAGUGGAGAGGAAGCUGAAGAGCUGUCAGUAGUUGUUAUACCUGAUGCAUGUCUUUAUCACUGAACUAAAAUAUUUUUCCUCUUAGUUUUUCUGAUGGCUCUCAGGGCUGUCCCUGCUAAGGCAGAUGCCAUGUCAGUAACCAACUUCUCUUGUAUUUUGAGUUCUACAGCCAUUGCUUAUCCUUACCCCAAGUCAUGAACCCAUAGUGUAGAUAGUGCUCUGACCUUUCCCAAGCCCCAGGCCCUUGGCAGCAUGCUGAGCAUCUGCCAUUAUUCUUUUUCUUCUUGCCUUCGUGGUACUGACUUCAUUAUCUCCUGUUACUGUCAUUAAAUGUCUCCAUCACACUAUUCUAAGACUUAUCUUGUCUGCUCUGCUGUUUCCUUUGUUCUGACCACCAGGCCUAGAGAGGUGUUACAUUAAAGAGAGACAGAAGUCAAGUGUCAGAGCACAUUACAAAGCCCGCAAGACCUGCAUAUGUUUAGCAGUAGGAAAAGCAGGUCAUUUGUGAAAUUCAAAUCUAGUCAGGUGUGUUUGCAUUGAAAGUCCAAUCGUAGCAGGCAGCUAGAGAAUGCCAGGCUCU